UUUAACGACGACGAAUAAAGGAAACGAGAAUUUCUGAAGCUAAUAUAUUUAAUAAAUUACUUUCACAAGUAAUAUUGAAAAAAUUCCUUUUGCAAUUUAUUUUUUUACGGCGCAGCGUGCAAAGAAGUGUAUAAAAGCUUGCCCGAAAUUAUUGCAGAAGAAGAAUACAAAAGAAAUACAUUUGUUUAAAUACAACAAAUUGACUGGUGGCGGCUGUCGGUGUCCAUUCAUCAUCGUCACACUCAACGACAACAUCAACAUCAUCAUCGAGUCAUCACAAGCAAGUGGUACUUGACACAAGGUGCGGAAGGAAGGUGGGCAAACAUAAUUUUCUGCGAAGAGUAAGGGAGGAAGCUGAAGUUUUGUGGCAGCAGAAUCAGUUUAUCUGAGUUACUUCUUCUAGUUCUAAGAAAAGCUUAAAAUGUUGGCCAGCAAGCAAAAAAGCUGGCAAAAACAUUAUUCCGUGAUGCGUGCGGAAUACGGUUUGUGUGUGACGUUGUUGUUGUUGCAACUUGUCGGUGUCAGUCAUCAAUUUUAUUUGCCGGGCUUAGCACCCGUAAACUAUUGCAUGAAGUCCGAUGCGUCCAGUAAUUGCAAGUCUAAUGUUACCCUCUACGUUAAUCGCCUAAAUACCGAAGAAUCUGUUAUACCCUAUGAAUAUCAUCAUUUUGAUUUUUGUAUUGGCAAUGAAAACAAUUCUCCCGUUGAGAAUUUGGGCCAAGUUGUGUUUGGCGAACGUAUACGUCCCGGACCAUAUAAAAUCAAUUUUCUUGAAGACAUCAAAUGUAAGGCGGUCUGUACUAAAACCUAUGUCGGUGGUGAUUCGGAUAGCGAUCGACGUAUGAUGGUCCUCAAGAAGGGCAUUAGCUUGAAUUACCAACAUCAUUGGAUUGUUGAUAAUAUGCCAGUGACUUGGUGUUACCCAUUGGAAAACAAUAAGCAAUAUUGCAGCACUGGUUUCCCCAUGGGUUGUUUGGUGCGUGGCGAAAGUGAUGCUGGCUGUUUGAUUAAUCCCAACUACAAUAGACGUGGCUUUUAUUAUCCCUUCAAUCAUGUUGACCUGAAGGUAACCUAUCACAGUGGCCAAACCGAGGAAUGGGGUGUGGGUUUCCGGGCCAAUGGCGGACGAAUUAUUUCCGUUAAAGUUACACCACGUUCCAUUAAUCAUGUGGAUCCUAAAAAUUUGAAUUGUGACAACACCGAUCCCUUGGCCAUUAAGGGUGGCCCAUUGGCCUCUGGUGAAAAGCUGUCUAUUAUCUACACCUAUAGUGUGGAAUUUACACGUAACGAUAAUGUGAAAUGGUCUUCAAGAUGGGAUUACAUUUUGGAAUCAAUGCCACACACGAACAUUCAAUGGUUCUCUAUUUUAAAUUCUUUGGUUAUUGUUUUGUUCCUGUCCGGUAUGGUGGCCAUGAUUAUGUUGCGAACCCUACACAAAGACAUUGCCCGUUACAAUCAAAUGGAAAGUGGUGAAGAUGCCCAGGAGGAGUUUGGUUGGAAAUUGGUACAUGGUGAUGUUUUCCGUCCACCACGUAAGGGUAUGCUGUUGUCGGUGUUCUUGGGCUCGGGUAUUCAGGUCUUUUGCAUGACUUUGAUUACAUUGGCCUUUGCCUGUUUGGGAUUCCUGUCGCCAGCUAAUCGUGGUGCCUUGAUGACAUGUUCCAUGGUGUUGUUUGUGGCAUUGGGUACACCGGCUGGCUAUGUAUCGGCACGCAUCUAUAAGAGUUUUGGUGGCAUCAAAUGGAAGAGUAAUGUUAUUUUGACAUCUAUGCUGUGUCCAGGCAUUGUCUUUGGCCUCUUCUUUGUAAUGAAUCUCGUUUUGUGGGGUGAGGGAUCAUCCGGUGCUGUGCCCUUCAGCACCCUGAUUGCUCUGCUGGCUUUGUGGUUUGGCGUUUCGGUACCUCUAACAUUUGUGGGUGCCUACUUUGGUUUCCGUAAAAGGUCCUUGGAACACCCCGUACGCACAAAUCAAAUACCGCGUCAAAUUCCCGACCAAUCGAUUUAUACUCAACCCAUUCCUGGCAUUAUUAUGGGUGGCGUCUUACCCUUUGGCUGUAUUUUCAUCCAGCUCUUUUUCAUACUCUCCUCAAUUUGGUCGAACCAAAUGUACUACAUGUUCGGUUUCCUGUUCUUGGUCUUUGUAAUUUUGGUUAUCACCUGUUCGGAGACGACAAUUCUGUUGUGCUAUUUCCAUCUGUGUGCAGAGGACUAUCAUUGGUGGUGGCGUUCGUUCUUGACGUCUGGCUUUACGGCCGUAUAUCUUUUCAUUUAUUGUUGCCAUUAUUUUGUGACAAAACUAUCGAUAAAAGAUGCUCCCUCGACUUUCCUGUACUUUGGCUACACGGCAAUUAUGGUAUUCCUAUUUUUCUUGCUGACCGGUUCGAUUGGUUUCUUUGCCUGCUUCUGGUUUAUACGCAAAAUUUACAGUGUUGUAAAAGUGGAUUAAAACUGGAGUAUACAUUUAAAAUGGCUUUAUUUUACGAUUGAAUAGCUUUUAAGCUAUUAUAAUAUUAUUAUUUUUUUUAUUAUAAAUUGUGUUGUGACUCCUCCCAAGUGUCGCGUCUGUCAUUGUCGUUGGCCAGAAGGGGAUUCGUGACGCAUAUGAUAAAAAUAAGAAAGAAUUAUAUUUAAGUUGUGAUUUAUUUCAAUAUAGAAUUAACGUAAAGAUAUGUGUCUCUGUGUGUGUUCUGUUCGUUUAUUUUUCUCUCUCUGUAAAUUGAAUGAAAUUGAGGCUGUCCAUAGAAGCAUAAUUAUUGAAAGUUUGGCCAGUCGAUGAUUUGUGUUUUUGUUUUUCUAAUUCAGGUGUAUAGCUGUCACUAUUUACACAUAUCUUUUGAAUGAAACGCGCAAUAAAUUAUCCAUAAAAAGCAAGCAAGUGUAUUAACAAAAAAUCUCCUCUCCAUCCAAAUUUCCAAAAAUUACUUUACAUUCGAUACGAAAUGUGCAACAUAGGGAAUAACUUUUGAUUUCUUUUGAGCUAGAAAUAAUAUGCAAACGUUUUGAAUAGUAUUAUUCCAUAAUCUGAAAUAUUCCGUGGAGAUUAUCAUGUUUUUAAUUGAAAGUUUCAAAAUGCGUUUUUCUUAAUUUCAAUGGAAAACUUUAUAUUUUAAUUUAAUUUUUCAAAAUAAACACUUCCGCCUAUCAGUAU